GAAACAUUUGAUGGACUUCAUCAUCAUCAUCUACAUCAUCAAUAAGACUGAGAGUUAUGGCCAGGACCACGUGCGGGUUGUCACGUGACAGAAGGAAAGAAGGCGGGCGAAGCCGAGUCGAGGAGGAGGAGUAGAUGGUGAGGGAGAGGAGGAGUGGAGGAGGAAGGAGACAGAGAAUUAAAACAGCUCAAAUGCGCAGAUCUCUGGACUAUGGAGGAUGUUUACCCGUACACCCGCAGUCCUGCCUGGGAGGAACUGGAGCCGGAUAAGGGACUGGUGUCCUCGGCGAGGAUCCAUGUGGUCGGGACUGUUUCCGGAUCGGUGGCUGCGCCUGCGGACGAGUCUUCUGACAGCGAGGCUGAGCAGGAAGGUCCCCAAAAACUGAUCCGGAAAGUGUCCACAUCAGGACAGAUCAGGACGAAGACCAGUAUUAAGGAGGGAUUGCUGUUGAAGCAGACCAGCUCCUUCCAGAGGUGGAAGAAGCGUUACUUCAAGUUGCGAGGGCGGACCCUCUACUAUGCCAAAGACGCAAAGACGGGCAGCGCUCUGUCCCGCUGGCAGGAGAGGGCGCUGCGCCGGGUGUCCAGGAGUCAUGUGUGCUGGCGGGUUCUGUCCAUGUGCUGGACUGGUGCACGGCGCUCUCCACCACCUCUGGGCCCCAGCGGAUCUGAAGAGGGCCUAGUGAGAAUCCGGUCUCUUAUCUUUGAUGAGGUGGACCUGUCAGACGCCAGCGUGGCAGAGUCCAGCACCAAGAAUGUCAACAAUAGCUUCACGGUGAUCACUCCGUUCCGUAGGCUCAUCCUCUGCGCCGAGAACAGGAAAGAGAUGGAGGACUGGAUCAGUUCGCUCAAGUCGGUCCAGUCGAGAGAGCACUAUGAGACGGCACAGUUUAAUGUGGAACAUUUCUCAGGGAUGCACAACUGGUACGCCUGCUCUCACGCACGCCCCACCUUUUGCAACGUCUGUAAAGACAGCUUGUCCGGGGUCACGUCCCACGGCCUGUCCUGCGAGGUGUGCAAAUUCAAAGCCCAUAAACGCUGCGCGGUCAGAGCAACCAACAAUUGCAAAUGGACGACUCUGGCCUCAAUAGGGAAAGACAUUAUUGAGGACGAAGACGGAGUGGCGAUGCCUCACCAGUGGUUGGAGGGAAACUUACCCGUCAGUGCCAAGUGUGCGGUGUGUGAUAAGACGUGUGGCAGCGUGCUGAGACUGCAGGACUGGCGCUGCCUGUGGUGCAAAGCUAUGGUGCACACAGCUUGUAUGGAUUUGUACCCUCGCAAGUGUCCUCUCGGUCAAUGCAAAGUCUCAAUCAUCCCCCCGACUGCUCUCAACAGCAUUGACUCGGACGGGUUCUGGAAGGCCACCUGCCCCCCAUCAUGUGCCAGUCCGCUCCUGGUUUUUGUAAAUUCCAAAAGUGGAGACAACCAGGGAGUGAAAUUCCUGCGGCGAUUCAAGCAGCUUCUCAAUCCGGCUCAAGUCUUCGACCUGGUUAACGGCGGCCCACACCUCGGUCUGCGGUUGUUUCAGAAGUUCGACAACUUCCGUAUUCUGGUUUGCGGCGGCGACGGCAGCGUCGGCUGGGUACUGUCAGAGAUCGACAAACUAAAUCUGCACAAACAGUGCCAGCUGGGGGUGCUGCCUCUGGGCACGGGGAACGACUUGGCGCGGGUUCUGGGCUGGGGCCCGUCCUGCGACGAUGACACUCAGCUGCCUCAGAUCCUUGAGAAGCUGGAGAGAGCCAGCACCAAAAUGUUGGACCGCUGGAGCAUCAUGACCUACGAGAUCAAGAUCCCACCCAAACACAGCUGCCCCACCACGCCGGAGGGGGCAGACGGCUGCCAGAUUCACAUCACAGCCUAUGAAGAUUCCGUAGCAGCUCAUCUCACAAAAAUCCUCAACUCUGAGCAGCACUCAGUGGUCAUCUCCUCUGCAAAGAUCCUGUGUGAAACAGUGAAAGACUUUGUUGCCAAAGUGGGAAAGGCGUAUGAGAAGAGCACGGAGAACACAGAAGAAUGUGACAACAUGUCUCUCAAAUGUGCCAUCCUGAACGAGAAACUGGACUCGCUCCUUCAGACCCUCAACUCGGAGUGCCAGACCUUCCUCCCACUCCUGCACUCCACGCCUCCCAUUGUGGAGGAGGAGCAGGAGGAAGAGGAGGAUGAGGAGGCAGAGGAGGAAGAGGAAGCCAGCGAGGAGAGUCUGACUGAGCUGAAGGGGAAGCUGGAGGAGGAGGAGACAGAAAAAGGAGGAGGGGGCGGAUCACCUCACAAGCUGUUCCGAAGCAGAGAGCAGCUGAUGCUCAGGGCCAACAGUCUGAAGAAAGCAGUGCGACAGAUUAUUGAGCAGGCGGAGAGAGUGGUGGACGAGCAGAACUCUCACCCAGACGAGGUGGAGCUGCCUUCUCCUCUGGAGUUCAGGAAGGACAGCGAGGAGGAGAACAGAGACAGCGAGAAGGACGAGGACACCAAGGAACUGGAAGCUUUGCCAUCUGUGAAAAGCCCCUGUUCACCCACAGAGAGGAGGGUGAGUCGCAGCACUCAGUCCUUCGGUCCCUUCACCAUCACGCCCUUCACCACCAGCAAGGAAAACCUCCCUGUGUUAAACACUCGCAUCAUCUGUCCUGGUUUGCGCGCCGGUCUGGCUGCCUCUAUUGCUGGAAGCUCGAUCAUCAGCAAGAUGCUGCUAGCCAACAUCGACCCCUUCGGCGCGACACCCUUCAUCGACCCUGACUUGGACUCUCUGGAGGGCUACAUGGAAAAAUGCGUGAUGAACAACUACUUUGGGAUCGGCCUUGAUGCCAAAAUCUCACUGGAGUUCAACAAUAAGCGAGAAGAGCACCCAGAGAAAUGCAGGAGUCGCACCAAGAACAUGAUGUGGUAUGGUGUUUUGGGCACUAAGGAACUUCUACAGAGGACCUAUAAAAACCUGGAACAGAAGGUCCAGCUCGAGUGUGACGGCCAGUACAUACCUCUGCCCAGCCUUCAGGGGAUCGCAGUGUUAAACAUUCCAAGCUACGCAGGCGGGACUAACUUCUGGGGAGGAACCAAGGAGGAUGAUAUCUUCUGCGCUCCGUCCUUCGACGAUAAGAUCUUGGAGGUGGUGGCUGUGUUCGGGAGCAUGCAGAUGGCUGUUUCCAGAGUUAUCAAGCUGCAACAUCAUCGUAUAGCUCAGUGUCGCACGGUGAAGAUCACUAUCCUGGGCGAUGAGGGUGUUCCCAUUCAGGUGGACGGUGAAGCCUGGAUCCAACCACCGGGUGUCAUCAAGAUCCAGCACAAGAAUAGAGCUCAGAUGCUCACCAGAGACCGGGCCUUUGAGAACACGUUGAAGUCCUGGGAGGACAAGCUGAAGUACGACAAACCUCCGCUGCGGCCGCAUCUUUAUCCACAACAGUCUGUGGACCUUGCAACAGACGAGGAGGUGUCUCUGGUGCAGAUGUGCGCCCGAGCUGCUGAGGAGCUCAUCACCAGGAUAUGUGAAGCUGCGAAGACCAACGGGCUGUUGGAGCAGGAGUUAGCUCACGCCGUCAACGCUGCUUCACACGCCAUCAACAAAACACAUCCCAAGUUUCCUGAGAGUCUGACCAGGAACACAGCCAUCGAAGUUGCCAGCACCGUCAAAGCUCUGUACAAUGAGACCGAGUCCCUGCUGGUUGGCCGAGUUGCUCUGCAACUGGACCCACCUGAGGAGGAGCAGCUGUCCGCCGCUCUGCAGACUGUGGAGGGAGAACUGGGGAAGCUGGGAGAGAUUGCGUGGCUCUACCACAUCCUGCAGCCCAACGAUGAGGAGGACCACUCUCUGGGUUACGGCAAGAGGAACAGUCGCAGCAGCAUGUUCCGUAUAGUGCCCAAGUUCAAGAAGGAGAAGGCGGCAAAGAGGACCAGUCCUCAGUCAGUGGAGAGAUGGGGAACAGAGGAGGUGGGAGUCUGGCUGGAACAGCUGAGUCUAGGGGAGUACAGAGACACCUUCACCCGACACGACAUCCGCGGUUCAGAGCUGCUGCACCUGGAGAGGAGAGACCUGAAGGAUCUGGGGAUAUCGAAAGUGGGUCAUAUGAAGAGAAUUCUUCAGGGAACUAAGGAUCUGGCCAAAGCCUCCAUGGUCGACCUUUAACAGAGAAGCAGACGGCUUCUCGUGAGGAGGAGGAGGAGGAGGAGGAAGCUGAUCUUCUUCCCUCUCAGUGUUUGAGACCUGCGGUCCAGGAGAUGGGUUAUCAGGAGGAGCUGUGGUGCGUGAGAGAGCGAAACCUCAGUGAUGUUGUUUGGUGCCAAAGUGAGGACGGCGAGAGCGCAAAAGGAAGUCACGACUCUCUACCAAAAAUAAGCCAUUUCUUUUCCAGUUUCACUCACAAUGCACAAUCAGGUAUGCAGCCAACCACAUCUGGCACAUCAGCGGUCAGAUCCUUCAACAACCUUGUAGCAAAAGCAGGACUUCCAUUAAGCUUGGUUAAACACGAGGUAUUUCUGAGGGAGAGAUAAGCCGCUAUCAUCACAGUCGAGGUUUGCACACAGCGGGACGCUGUUGCAUGCUGCGCUCGCUCCUACUUUAGAUUACUGCAUGAUUAGUGAUUUCUUUGUGCGUGCAAAUAACACUUGAACAAGUUUUACACGUCGUAUGAAGUAUUAUGAUGCUAUUUGUUACUACUGACAGUUUCCUUCAAUUGCUACAGGCUUUAAUUUAUUUUGCAUGAGGUGUCAAAGAGCAGUGCCAUAUUUUUAGUGCUUUAAACAUCAUUUAAAAUGCUUUUGAAGAUAUGAGUAUUUCGAAUUAAUAUGUUUUCGUGGAUGUGGUAAUCCGUACCAAAGUGAAUGUCUCUGAAAUCGACGAUCCGGUUAGCUGGUAAGCGUAUUUUUUGACAAACAAAAAGCUCAGCUUUGUGCAGAGUUGCGUAUAUUAGGAGCACUUUUUUAAAUGUCUUGCUUUAUGCAAGUGCAGUUUGUCAUUCUGAAAUAGCUUGGAUCAGUAUUUCUCUCUCAAUAUAGUUUGGAAAUAUUGCAGUUGACCUGCAGCCUGAAUAUCAUUAAGUGUAGAUUCUGUUUUCUUACUCAUGUUGAUAAGUUUCUUUGGCAUUACAGGGUGUAUCUCUAUAUGUGAUGCUCGCGGUUGUAUCUCGUCUCUGAGAUCAAGUGUACAAAAAUGUCACGCAACACUUUUGCUCAAGCUCUGUCGACAUGGCGAAAAAUCUGCAACCAAUUGGUUUGUUUCUCUGAAAUUGGUGGUCACCAACAGAUUUCAGUUAGCUGAAGUGGUUCCCCAGGGUCAAUAGGUUUUGUGAACCAGGUUUCCUGAACCACCUAAUGCAGGAAAUAACAGUCGAAAUGAUAUCAGUCUUCCUUUCAAUUGACUUUAACUCCACUGGUUGGUUGGUUUGAUAAGACAUGAUAAGAUUUGGCACAAACUUUUCUUUGUUUUUCGUAGAAUUUUCUUGCACCGCUUAGUAGAACACAGCCUGACAAUCACAGCAUGCAUCCCUUCAGCUGGUGUAGGCCUCACUCAAAAGUUUAGCGCCCCCUCUGGCUGUGAGUUUGCCUUAGGAGAUGAAUACCCUUGGUCCCCUGAGAUGGCAGUCGACUGUAGAUGGGGUUAUCGAGUGGAGGACUAGCCAUGACAACGUUGGGUACUGGACCCUUCAGAAGUAGAAUAUCUUGGUACAUUUUCUGACUGAAAGCACAGUCUUUGGGGACCAACUUUCAUAGUAGAAGCAAAGAUGCAGACUCUUUUUUUUUUUUUU